AUGGCUGACCGUGUUAUAGAUUUCAAGGAGGGUAACGCUUGGGGCGCAGUGAGGGUACCCCCAGUUUCCGUGGGAUCAGCGAUCUCGACAAUUAACCGCCAACUGAAGGGCGAUGGUGACACAAUAACUCUUUCGAGAGAUGAGGCUCUGGCCUUAGCCCAGAGCCAAACCAACUACGACCGUCAGAAGGCAGAGCUGGAACGGACCAAGGAGGAGCUGCGUGAGCAUUUUUACUUUUCCCAGCUUGGAGACUAUGCCGGGAGGGUUGUAGACUGGGUAAUGAACUCGACAGCCAAGAAAAAUGAUCUACCCUCAACGGUCUCAAAGCUGAGAGGCGCGCUUGCGAAAGAGAUCUCCACAAAUCCCGAGAGGGAUGGCAAUGUGUGCGCGGCACUGGAGGAUGCCAUUAGGGCCAUUUCGUCUCGCGGCCUUUCCGUCGACUUUGACAUGGUUCAGCUCGCGAUUAACGCCUAUGAUGAUCGCAAUACUGCCUUUCAUUCCACACUGAGAACGGUGGCUGACGACUUGGACGGCUUAGGUCGCCAAGUUGAAAAGGACCAAAACCGUCUCCUCAGGCUCCUCCCUAAUGAAGAGUACUACGAACACAUAGAAUCAUGGCGAAAGAUCAUAGAUUUCUACCCCCAGAGCCAGAAACUAUCCUUUAAUGAGAAUACCCGGAGGAAACUUCGGGAUAUUCCAGUAGAGGACGUUCGACAGCUUGCAUCGGCCGAUCGGAUUAAUGCCUUCGAAAAUGGAAAAUUUCGCCAAAGUAUCGUGCAGGAACCCGACGUGGCUAAGAGUCGACAGCGAAUUAAUUCGGACCCGACUUCUGAGAGUGUACUGACCAGGAAAAGGAGAACCUCUGGUUCUCUGGGACCCGGUAGUACCGAAAGCGCUGGCCACGCUCGCGGGAAGGCCCGAAGGAGAUUGACCUAG